AUGGCUCCAACCAUCCUCAUCGUCGGCGCAACGGGCAACACCGGCCGAGCCGUAACAGAAACUCUCCCAACCCUUCUGAAAGCCAAUGAGAAUUUCAAGAACCAUCGCGUACUUGCCCUGACAAGAUCUCUCACCAGCCCUUCGGCCCAACAGCUUGCAAAAAUCCCUGGCGUCGAAAUCAUCGAAAAGAACUGGACCGAUAUUACCUCCGACUGGCUCAGGGAACAUGAAGUCGUCCGAGCCUUCAUCGCAUCUCACAAUGCGCCAAAUCAGUUUGCCGAGGAGUCUGCCUUUCACGUCGCCGCCCUUGGAGCCGGUGUCGAAUACGUUGUGCGCAUUUCCACCACCGCACCGAAUGUUCGUCCGGAUUAUGCUGCCUACUACCCGCGCACCCACUGGGCCAUUGAGGCGAUGCUUGGUUCGGCAGAGUUCAGCGCUUUGAAAUGGACUUCCCUUCAGCCAAACGUGUUUCUAAACUUCUACAUGGCCCUCUGUGCUGAGUACAUCAAGCAGUUUAAGCGGACUGGCGAACUGGGUCCGCUGAAGCUGAUGGCAUCCAAAGAUGCCCCUGUUGCGCCUAUCCACCCGGAUGAAGUCGGCGUGUUCGCUGCUCAUCUCCUGGCCUUGGAUAAUCCUAGCCCCCACAGCGGGGCAAAGUAUGUCUUGAAUGGACCGGAAGAUAUCACUGGCGAACAGCUUGUCGGCUUAGUGGAGCAACAUAUUGCUACGAAGGUGAAGGAUGUGAAAUACCAAGAUCUGAGCUUUUUGGAUGCGAUGCUGGGCAGUCAAUAUGAAGGAUCGGGUGAAUCUAUGACUGUUAUAAAGUCAAUCAAGUAUGCACCGUUGACCAUGUGGGAAGGGAAGUGCAAUGCUUCGACGACUAGCAAGGAGGUUUUGGACAUUGCUCCACCGAGACGGACGCCCACCGAGGUGUUGGAGGAUUUGCUGAAGGCGUGA